AUGCUCUCGUCUGUGAUGGGUGACCAUCUGGAAGUACCGACCAGCGGUGGACAUAGCCCAGAUGGUUCCUUCCAAGGGAGUGUAUUAAAUGUGCAUUUUACGGAGAACAAGAAUUUAUAUACAAAUGUGAAAGUGGGAGGACAGCCGUUGAAGCUGGCUCUGAACAGUAGAGUGGAGGGCAUAUACGUUUUUAUGAAGGACUCCCAAGCGUGCCACGUAGAUGAGGAGGGGGAGGAGAAGAAUCGGGUCUGCUACGAUCCCAACACGUCUAGGAAUUCCACGUGGUGUAACAACGACCUUCUGUGCCUGCCCGCCAUCCUGUCCAAGUCGUACGAGUGCUACAGCGACAGCAACUUGCUGCUGGAGAAUAAGGCGGAGUACCCCAGCAUGUAUUACGACUCGCUCAAGUUCACGGAGAGCCACGUGGAGGGCUCGGACGACGUGGAGGUGCUCGAUUUGGUUAAAGCGGCGGGAGCGGAGAAAGCGGCGGGUGAAGGGGACGCGGCGGGUGGAGGGGACGCGGCGGGUGGAGGGGACGCGGCGGGUGGAGGGGAAGAAGUGGGUUACGCGAACGCUGCUGGCGGAGAGACAGACGCCACCUUCCAGAACACAGACGUGAAGCUGGUCACGGACCUGAGCCUCUACAAAGGGUGGAGCCUCUUCAAAGACACCGACGGGAUGAUGGGGCUGGCCGGGAGGGAACUCAGCUGCAGGAACGUCAGCGCGUGGAACACCAUCGUCGAGAAGAGCAACUCGCUCUACGCCCUGGAUGUCAAUUUGCCGGAAGGUUCGGUCAAACCGUUCGUGGAGUCCCCUACCCAGGAGGACUCCAAAAGGGGGGCUUCAUCCUACGCUAAGUUCGUUCCGAAGAAGGCAAGCUCGAACGAAGCAGAUGGAGCGGCAGAGCCGAGUGGAAGCACAUCCGAAAUACACAUAGGGGAUUAUAAAAAAAGCUUCGGGCCAAUCGUAUGGUCGGAGCCGAGAGAAAGAGGAGGGAUCUUCUCUGACUCCUUCAUGCAGUUUACCCUGUACAAUUUGGAAGUGUGUCAAAAUAAUAUUUUUGGAAAGUACAGUAGCAACUGGCAGGGAGUGAUUGACUUGAGUAGCAAGUGUUUGGUACUUCCCAAGAUGUUUUGGCUGAGCCUGAUGGAGUACCUACCCGUGAACAAGAAUGAUGAGAGGUGCAUCCCCAAGAGGAAGGAGGUUACCUUUGACGAGGGCACCGUGCCGCGGAUGUGCGCCGUGGACCCCGGCAGCCGGCCCCUCCCCGUCCUCAAGUUUUACCUCUCGGACAACGACACGGUGAGCGACAACAACAUCGGGGGGGGGAGCGGUGGAGAGAUCGGUGGAGACCCCCCCCGUGGGGGCAUCCAAGAAGUGCACAUCCCGCUGGACAACCUGAUCAUCAACGAGGAGGGCCAGAACGACGGCUACCUCUGCGUGCUGCCGGACGUGCACGAAGGAGUCUCCAGCGAAAACAGCGGGAGGACCACCAAGCCGUUGAUCAAAUUCGGCACAUACGUAAUAAACAAUUUCUACGUCGUGGUGGACCAGGAGAACUACAGAGUCGGCUUCGCCAACAAGAAAGAGUACCACUCUUCAAAUGACAGAUGCACACAGAGGGCCCAGUGUGUGGGGAAUCAAUUUUAUGAGCCCGCCUUGAACAUCUGCGUGGACCCCGACUGCUCCGUUUGGUACUUUUACACGCUGAACGAGGAGACCAAGAAGUGCGAAUCUAUUUCCUCUCGCUUCUACGUCUUCCUGCUCAUCAUCCUGCUGCUGCUGCUGUUGGAUAUUCAGUCGUACUACUUCUACAGGAAGUCCGUGCACGUGGCGAAGGUGUCCUCUCGCUAGGGGGGUGCCACAGCGUUGCUGCCACAUCGGUGUUACUACAGCGGCGUGUUUCCCCUUGUUUGUUUGCUCGCACGGAGCUGCACAGGCGCCACGUGGCGCGCUUUUCAUUUGCUCAGGGUUAGCCCUUCUGUUCGCGCGGCGCUCUUUCCACUGCGUAUGGUUUUUCGCCAGUGUGUUUCCGCGCGUCUGCCAUCUUUCGUCUGCCAUCUUUCGUCGGCACUUCUUUCCCUCCUUUCUUCUUUCCUUUUUUUUUUUUUUUGUUCACCCCCUCUGGCCAAACACAAAAUAACUUCCUACCAACCGGGACAUCACCCUAUGCGCAAACUUUUUAAAAUUC